AUGAUCAAUCUAUCUGUUGAGAUUGCCAAACUAUUAUUAUUUUUGUCACACUACGCUAUUACCAUCCAUCUCUUGGCUCUCGCUCUCGUGUCUCGUGUCGCGUUGCUCAUCUAUCAUUGCUCUGCAUAUCGCUCGUCUCUCGUCAUUCAUCGCUCAUCGCUCAUCGCUCAUACUACGCACCAAAUUACGACACAAACAAACACACGCUCAAACGCCCAAGAUGAACUAACCAGCCGACUACUGAAAUCGCAAAAAGGGGUACUCCAAAAGCAAGUCAAGCCGAAACGCUGCAACAAGUUAAAGUCGAACAAAAGUGGUAUCCAACUUUUCCCUUCCCUUCUCUCCACUGACCCUAUUUUCGUCUCUCUCCUUUCCAACUCGCUACCGAAAUAUCGCAUCGUUUGUACCAAUGCCUCAAAAGGGAGCAACGCAGUGGCGUGUAAGGGUAUAUAG